AUGGACACGUCUACUAAGACUCUACUAACAGGUACAAUGCAGUCCACCCCUGGUGAUCAGAACGCGAGUCGGAGACCGAAUCAAGCGGGAUUCAUAGCCUACGUCAUCGUUAUGACCGUUAUUGUGCUGGUAGGAUUCGUGGGCAAUGUUCUCACAAUUCUGGUCUUACGGCGCCGAGAGCAUAAAAACAAGGUCAUAACUCCGCUGAUGAUCAACCUCGCUGUUGCUGAUAUUAUUAUCAUCGUCUUUGGUUACCCCGUGAUUGCAGCCUCCAACUUCACCGAUCACAACGUUCUUGAAAACCAAUCUCUGUGUAUAUGGUCCGGAUUCAUAAACGGUGCCGUGGGAAUCGCGACAAUAGCCUGCCUGACAAUGAUGAGUUUUGCAAUGUUGCACAGCUUCAGUAAAGUCGGUAGACCGCGAAGAGUUCCAACUAAGAAAAUGGCUGGCAUGAUCAUUUUCACGUGGCUGUACGGAGUGACUGCCAUGUUUCCGCCGUUAGUGGGCUGGAACGAGUUCGUUCCCGGGACUUCUGGGAUCAGUUGUUGUCCAAAUUGGCUGCCCGAAACAAAAUCGGGAACAGCAUACAACGUUCUGCUGGUUUUUGUCGGCUUCUUUUUUCCGCUGAGUAUCAUCGUGGUUUGUUACAAAAGAAUUUACAGGUUAGCUGAAAGUUAAUGAGAUUUUAGUGAAAGAAAAAUAUUUCAACAAGUAACUCCCAAACUGUCAAAUUAUAUAGAUAAAAAGUAUUGCGAUACUCGCGCUGACGUCACCCAUUGAUAUUAAUAAACCUCGUUCCCAGGGUCCUCUCCUUCUCGGAGUAGGAGAGGACACUGGAAACGAGGCUGUGAUAUUUAUGUGCCAAACAGAAGCGCAUUGGUUCUUGAAACAAAAGGAUAUUUUGCUUCACUCGUUACACAAUUAUAUAACAAAACAGUUCAUCGCCGGCUAUAAUAACAAAACAGCAAAGAAAUAAACGUGUCGUGUGUUUGUCAAGUGGAGGAUUUAAUGAAACACAGAAGAAAAGUCAUUAAAACAAUGAAGAUAUAUUGAUACAGGGUUAUCGCUACCUAAAGAAAUAUUAAACAAUUAUUGGAUGAGAUUUUUUUUGUGAUGUUGGGAAUGAUCAAGGUCGACGGCUCAGCUGAUAACACUUACUAAGACCUUGAAUAUUCCCGAUAUCACAAAAACUAUUCCAAUGAUAGUUCAGUUUUGAAUUCGUCGAGGCUGCUGCUGAAGCACUGAAGACUCACUUAUACAGGGUAAGCCUCGACCAAGGUAAAAUAUAGUCACAAAUUCCAGUUUGAAGAAGACCUGUGUAAAACUGUGUCUAUUGUUUAAAACUCAAAUUCAGGCACCCUCUUGCUGGUAUUUGGGAAUAUUUUACUUGAGGUCGAAGUUAGCCCUGUAUAAAUGAGUCUUCAGUGCUUCUAUUCAGGGGCCGAGACGAAAUCGAAAUUGGACUAUUGUUUUAUUAUACAUUGGUCAGAAGAAAACGAAGGACAAAAAUAGCUAGUAUCGCAUGGAACACAGUUUGACAUUGCUCUUAGAAAUCAUGCUUUACACACGCAACCUACAGAUUAUUCAGAAAUCUGCUGACAAAUAACUUACAAAUCAGGACAUUGCGCUGAUUUCCCAAAAAAAUACUAAGAGAAUUUGCUUACAGAUCAAGUAAUCUUCCCCGGCUUUAGGAGAUCUUGUGAACUUUCUUCUUAUGUAAGUAUAUUGUAAGAAGAAAGUUGAAUAAUAUUAUGUUUGUCACUUUUAGGACUUAAGAGACCGGGAUUUUGCUUUAAGACAGGUUUGACUCGUGGGUAGUUAAACACGCAACAUCACUUUUCAACUCGUUUGCAGCAAUGUUGCAAAACACGUUGCACGUUUUGGUUGUCCGUUUUACCGUGCCUUAAGGCCAAUUUUGUUUAUAUUUAGUCAUGUUUUGAUACUUUGUGGAGGUUUGUUUGGCCGAAUGGUUAACACCUCGGAUUCCGGAUCUGGAGGUCCGGGGUUCAAGCCACGCCCGUUGCGUUGUUUCCUUAGACAAGGAACUUUACUCCACUUUGUCUCUUUUCACCCAGGUGUAUAAAUGGGUACCGGCGACAUACUCCUGGGGGGUAACCCUGCGAUGGACUAGCAUCCCGUCCAGGGAGGAGUAGCAAAACUCCUAGGUGCUUCAUGCUAAUGAAAUCUGGAUAAGCACCGGCCGUUUGAGCCUUUGGUUCUUGUGGACCUUUACCUUACCUUUUAUCUAUGUUUUGAUACUGUAGGUUAGUCAAGACACAGCCACCCCAGUCAGGGAACAUUGCAAUCCAGGCCAGUAGAAAAAGAUCCCAAAUGAAACUUGUACGCAUGACCGCCAUGGCAAUCGCCGCUUUCGUUCUUAGCUGGUCGCCAUAUUGUUUAGUGAGCAUCAUCGCUACCAUCCGGGGUAGUACGGUGCUAUCCCCUGGUGAGGCGGAAGUCCCAGAUCUGUUAGCCAAGGCCUCGGUUAUCUACAAUCCAAUUGUUUAUACCGUUAUGAAUGACAGGUUCCGUAUAACUCUCUGGCAAAUUGUGCGCUGGCGCGGUUCAUGUUCCGGUGAGAUUGACGUUAAACCAGCGAGACAUUCUUCCUCGGAAGAACAACAAAAUAGUAGUUCUUUAAGAAAAGGGACGACCUCCAAGGAAGAUGACAAGUGAUCGAGGGAUAUUGAACCCUAUUACGCUAAAAGGACAAUGUGCUUCAACUCACCACAACAAAUUGAUCUCUAUUGAAGAAUACCACCCACAUGGGUAUCAAAGCGGAUUAUACAGUAUUCAAAGUGAUAGCUUGAGUUGUUGACUGUAGAAAUUGGUCAUGUCUCUUUUGAGUUUCUAUACUUCCUGAGUUGCAGAUGAAAUAAGGAAAUGCUGCCGGACGCACAGUAAAAUGUUGCUUGUACUAUUGCAAGUAAUGCUACUUUACGGCAUGUGUGUCCAGCUCAGUAAAAUCUCAUCACUGUAAAUUAGGCGCAACAAAUAUUGAGGUGUUUCUGUUUUCUGCAACAUUGCGCGCAAUGGAUUUUUAGUGUGUUAUCUUUUCCAACAUUGGGGACGACAAAUUUCAGUGUGUGUCUACCUUCUGCGACAUUGCGCGUGAAAAAUUUCAUCGUGUGUCUAUCUCCUGCAAUAUGAGCGCAAUGAAAUCUCAUCGUGUGUCUGCCUUCUACAACACUGCACGCCAGUUUCAUCGCGCCGAUCUUGAAAAAAGGUCGCAACAAAUCUUUAUCGCUAACCUUGUACAUCAUUGCGCACAACAAAAUUUCAGUGGUGUCUACCUUCUGCAANAUGAAAUCUCAUCGUGUGUCUGCCUUCUACAACACUGCACGCCAGUUUCAUCGCGCCGAUCUUGAAAAAAGGUCGCAACAAAUCUUUAUCGCUAACCUUGUACAUCAUUGCGCACAACAAAAUUUCAGUGGCGUCUACCUUCUGUAACAUUGCACGCUACAGUUUUUCAAACUCCAACUAUCUGCAUGUUUCUGCCUCAGUCAGUUCUUUUAGUUGUGCAUUUCAGUGAAAUAAGUGUUUUAUUAUCACAGCUGGUAGGUUUGAUUUUGCGUCUUGACAUAUAAAAUGUUAAUUGUAAUUAAGCCAUACACUUAUGACUAUGGCUAUUAUUUCUACAGAAUAGUUUGCCGACAGAUCUACCCUGUCUUAAACCAGACUCAAUCUGAGUACUGUUUAACAAUGACAUGUAAAUAUUCCACGUGAGAAAGUGUUUUAAUUAUUAAAUAAUGGAAAUAAGUAAACAGAUUAUUACGUUUUCAAAACGGUUUUAUAUAAAGUUUAUAUUUGUUUGAAAAAAACGGAAACUGUUUGUUCUGACUUGUGUUCAUCAACUGAUUCACAUUAAGUGUUGUUUCACAGCUAAAGCGGUUAAGUUUAUUAAUUUUAUUCACUUUAUUAAGCUUUUAAGGCAAAAUCAGAUUAAAAUAGCCUUUUCAAGUUUUUAAACGAAAGUAGAUGUAACAUUUUUGUGUUCCAAAGAAGAAUUCCAAUAGAGAGGAGAGGAAGUCAUUACGUCACGUUACCAUUUGAGCAAUAUUUCUGGAUCUCAACAAACCUUGGUCCUGCAAAUGUGGCAGAAGAAUACGAAAAAAUUGGUUUGUAUGACUUUCCUGUGCAUGAUUUGCUCUCGGGAACGAAACCGAAGUCCAUAUUUUUCUUCCACCGUUCGACAAUGCAAAUGGCCACCUCUACCAUAUUAACUUGACGUCACACUUCUCCUCUCUAUAAACCUUUCACCUGUAUCUGUGUCUUGAAGCCCUUUAGGCCCCUGUACCCCCAGACCGAUACAUCAAUAAAGCAUUUUCCGUUAGGUGAACAAUUUAUCAAUUCUUUAUUCUUGAGUAUGUAUCGAAAAUUGAUGAUGUCACCAUUAGCCAUGUUCUUAACGAGCGGAGAACUGGUUACGACUUAUGACCGCGAAGGCUCUGGAGAUCGUUUGGAGGGACAGUUAAAACAUGGCGGAUAGCUACGCAGUAAGCCACCUGUUGAAGACAGACUAAACGGACUGUUGAAGAAUACAUACCUGGUGCAUCAUCAGUUUGGAACACAGUACUUGUAAAGCGCCAUGCUUGUUGACCUUCAUGCUGGCCCUCCAGACGAUCCCAAGAAGAUUUUUGGUCACAUAUUGUACCCAGUUUUUCACUCGACAUGGCGAAUUGGGUCUAAAACGCUUAAAUUUCAAGUUACGUUUCUACCUUUAUUGCCUACGAAAUUAUGGGUGAAACAUGCCAUUUUGGCGCCCAUCAACAGCAAAAUGAUAGAUUAUGAAAACGUUAGUUUCGAAAAAAACUUCUUCGGUGGGCCUGAAAGCGAAAAUUUGGCUUCAUCAAGAGAUUUGAUACAAAAGAUUGACAGCCUGACAUACCAAGCGCUCAAGUCCGAGCUGAGAGGGCCUUGGGAGUGUCAUGGUUCGUGAACACUGGCAGUUGUGGUUUUAAAGUGUGAGUUACUUCUUUGUCAUUCAUUUAUUUGCCCAUGCACAGAGUUAUUACAGAAAAACAAGAUAAUAAUUAUACCUGGGCAGGAGAUCUCAGCAACCCUUUUAGGCUUUACGAGGAGAGCUGCUGGAUAAGUUUACGACAAUGAUUUUAUUUUUAAGAUAAUAAAAUGGACAUAGCUGUGUUACGAGGAUUAUAGUAAUUGGAGAACUAACUAAAACUAAUAGUUCAUGUAAAUAAUUUUCUUAUUUGAGGAGAAAAUGAGUUUUCAUUUUUUUCCUGAAUAAAUUGAUUGUCUUGAUUUCUUUGAUAGCAUUUCUUUGAUUUAUUUUACUGACUGUUUUUGGUAGCUGGUUCGUGCUUGGAAGUUGUGAACAUUGGAGUUUGAUCUUGUGUUGUAUUGAUAAAUGCAUUUGUUCAGACAAAGAAAUCAUUGAAAGGUGAUGAUCGGUUCUUAUUGAAGUAUGGAAACUUGAACAAAGCAAUGGUUUCAUUGUUUAUAUCAUCUGGAGGUAAAAUCCAUAGUUCUUUGAAGUAUAUUCUUGAAAUUUUGAAAAAGUGAUUAAUAUAAUGAUAAUUUUUUUUGUAGCCUUCUUAUUGGUUCCAUUCUUGUUGUGUACGUAUUCCCGAUGCAAUGUUACCAUAAAUUACAUAUCGAUAGAUCAAUGCGUAAUAUAGGUCACUGCACGUGAUGUAUUAUCGACCAUUUGAUAGGUCAACGGGUUAUAAAUUAUUAAUGAGUUUUUGAAUGAAUGACCAACAAAACAUCCGAAAAGAUAAUAUAACAUGAAUACUCUAUCUCAUCACGAUGGAACCGUUCCGUCAACGUAUAGGUGGUUUUCAUGCAAUCUCGGGAGACACUAAUAACAAUGGUGAAAUGAACAAAUGCUGGUGGACAAACAAAGCGAGCUAAUGAGCGAUCUUUUGUUUACCGUCCACCAGCAUGACGGCGAUGACGUAACGUGAAAACCACCUAUAGCUACGUGAUAUAUAGAUUUAGCCAGGGCUAAAAGCGAAGCUCUGGUUAAUAGUACGUGUAAAAAAAAAUAUUAAAUCGUGUAAUGCUAAACGGGGACAACGAAAAUGGUUUCAAGACUAAUACAUGUAAUUAGCAAAAAACAAAUUUGCACGUGCAGCACCCUUUUUUUGUCUUUCCCUUGCCGUUGUUUUGCACGACUACAGCGCUGUUUUGUACGACUAAAACGUCAAACUUCCUAGUUGCACAUUAUUUUUAUGGAGAAAUUGUCUUAUGUGCUUACCCAAUAUUUUGUUUCCUGUGUUCAUGUUCGCUUUUAUUUUUCACUGCCGCUCAUUUUCACCUUGCUGGCCGCCAGCCUUUUUCAUUUUUUCACCGCGGCUUUGAAUUUCUAUGUUUUUCUUCCUACGAAAUUCGUCUCCUUUGUUUUUAAUAACCCGCUCUAGCUCUUUCUCUGUUAUCCACGUUACUUAGUGUAGACAUAAAAAAUAACACCGAAAAAGACACGACUUUGUUGUUGUCCGGGCGGCCAUGUGAUUUCCUUCCAAAUAAAACCUUGAGUUGCAUUUGGGUUACCAUACCUGUUGAUUGAGUUAUUUUACAUUGGUAUGCCUGUGGUGCAGACGGACGGUCGCUCGCUUGCUCGCUCGGUGUACGGUCACGUGAUUACCAAAUUUUCUCGGAUGGGUAGUUUACCACAUUUCCUUAGCGGUAAGUAUUGGCCUACCGCGUGGAGCUCCGAUAUUAAUCGCCGCAUCGAUCACACAAAACACGAAGUUUAUAUUAGCUUUUAGUUUACUAGUUAACGCACAGUUUACGCAUCUUUACUUAGCCACCUUGUUAAAUUAAAUACGUCUUAAUUUUACUUUAAUGACAGCAAACAUGUGUCAGAUAUGGUUGCAUUUUAAGUUGCCGGAACGUGAAUUUAAAGGUCUGUUGAACAAUGCACGAGAGAGAACAAAGUAUAUUUACGGAAUUAGUUUACCACAGUUUUAAAAAAAAUCAGCUCUUGUUUAAACUUCUUAAAACACAAGUGCGCCGCGUACUUCCAAAUGAAAGUCAAUGUCUAAAUACCAAUUAUUGACGUUUCAUUUGUACACCCCUGAAAAAUAUGAUUUUCUAUACUUCACUUUGAAGAAGGUCAAACAUAAUUCUACUGGCCUUUAGGGAGGGGAGAAGUCACGGGUGCCCUCGCAAAACCCCCCCCCCCCCCCCCCCAACCCCCGCCCCCCCCUUUCUCUAUUAAAAAAUAUUAAUAUUUAGAUUAUUCACCUUUUUUUUUCAAUAAAAAAAUAAAACAAACACUCACCCCAAUCCAGCCCGAACUAAAACGACAAACAUAAUAAUAACAAUCACCAACAAAAAACAACAAAAACAGAAUGAAAUCUCAUCGUGUGUCUGCCUUCUACAACACUGCACGCCAGUUUCAUCGCGCCGAUCUUGAAAAAAGGUCGCAACAAAUCUUUAUCGCUAACCUUGUACAUCAUUGCGCACAACAAAAUUUCAGUGGUGUCUACCUUCUGCAACAUUGCAUGCUACAGUUUUUCAAACUUCAACUAUCUGCAUGUUUCUGCCUCAGUCAGUUCUUUUAGUUGUGCAUUUCGGUGAAAUAAGUGUUUUAUUAUCAUAGCUGGUAGGUUUGAUUUUGCGUCUUGACAUAUAAAAUGUUAAUUGUAAUUAUGCCAUACACUUAUGACUAUGGCUAUUAUUCCUACAGAAUAGUUUGCCGACAGAUCUACCCUGUCUUAAACCAGACUCAAACUGAGUACUGUUUAACAAUGACAUGUAAAUAUUCCAAGUGAGAAAGUGUUUUAAUUAUUAAAUAAUGGAAAUAAGUAAACAGAUUAUUACGUUUUUAAAAAGGGUUUAUAUAAAGUUUAUAUUUGUUUGAAAAAAAACGGAAACUGUUUGUUCUGACUUGUGUUCAUCAACUGAUUCAAAAGCGAUUAAGUUAAUUAAGUUUAUUCACUUUAUUAAGCUUUUAAGGCAAAAUCAGAUUAAAAUAGCCUUUUCAAGUUUUUAAACGAAAGUAGGUGUAACAUUUUUGUGUUCCAAGGAAGAAUUCCAAUAGAGAGGAGAGGAAGUCAUUACGUCACGUUACCAUUUGAGCAAUAUUUCUGGAUCUCAACAAACCUUGGUCCUGCAAAUGUGGCAGAAGAAAACGAAAAAAUUGGUUUGUAUGACUUUCCUGUGCAUGAUUUGCUCUCGGGAACGAAACGGAAGUCCAUAUUUUUCUUCCACCGUUCGACAAUGCAAAUGGCCACCUCUACCAUAUUAACUUGACGUCACACUUCUCCUCUCUAUAAACCUUUCACCUGUAUCUGUGUCUUGAAGCCCUUUAGGCCCCAGUACCCCCAGACCGAUACAUCAAUAAAGCAUUUUCCGUUAGGUGAACAUUUUAUCAAUUCUUUAUUCUUGAGUAUUUAUCGAAAAUUGAUGAUGUCACCAUUAACCAUGUUCUUAACGAGCGGAGAACUGGUUACGACUUAUGACCGCAAAGGCUCUGGAGAUCGUUUGGAGGGACAGUUAAAACAUGGCGGAUAGCUACGCAGUAAGCCCCCUUUUGAAGACGGACUAAACGGACUGUUGAAGAAUACAUACCUGGUGCAUCAUCAGUUUGGAACACAGUACUUGUAAAGCGCCAUGCUUGUUGACCUUCAUGCUGGCCCUCUAGACGAUCCCGAGAAGAUUUUUGGUCACAUAUUGUACCCAGUUUUUCACUCGACAUGGCGAAUUGGGACUAAAACGCUUAAAUUUCAAGUACGUUUGUACCUUUAUUGCCUACGAAAUUAUGGGUGAAACAUGCCAUUUUGGCGCCCAUCAACAGCAAAAUGAUAGAUAAUGAAAAGGUUAGUUUCGAAAAAAACUUCUUCGGUGUGCCUGAAAGCGAAAAUUUGGCUUCAUCAAGAGAUUUGAUACAAAAGAUUGACAACUUGACAUACCAAGCGCUCAAGUCCCAGCUGAGAGGGCCUUGGGUGUGUCAUGGUUCGUGAACACCGGCAAUUUUGGUUUUAAAGUGUGAGUUACUGCUUUGUCACUUUGUCAUUCAUUUAUUUGCCCAUGCACAGAGUUAUUACAGAAAAACAAGAGAAUAAUUAUACAUGAGCAGGAGCUCUCAGCAACCCUUUUAGGCUUUACGAAGAGAGCUCCUGGAUACGUUUACGACAAUGACUUUAUUUUUAACAUAAUAAAAUGUACAUAGCUGUGUUACGAGGAUUAUAGUAAUUGGAGAACUGACUAAAACUAAUAGUUCAUGUAAAUAAUUUUCUUAUUCGAGGAGAAAAUGAGUUUUCAUUUUUUUCCUGAAUAAAUUGAUUGUCUUGAUUUCUUUGAUAGGAUUUCUUUGAUUUAUAUUACUGACUGUCUUUGGUAGCUGGUUCGUGCUUGGAAGUUGUGAACAUUGGAGUUUGAUCUUGUGUUGUAUUGAUAAAUGCAUUUGUUCAGACAAAGAAAUCAUUGAAAGGUGAUGAUCGGUUCUUAUUGAAGUAUGGAAACUUGAACAAAGCAAUGAUUUCAUUGUUUAUAUCAUCUAGAGGUAAAAUCCAUAGUUCUUUGAAGUAUGUUCUUGACAUUUUGAAAAAGUGAUUAAUAUACUUAUAAUUUUUUUUGUAGCCUUUUUAUUGGUUCCAUUCUUGUUGUGUACGUAUUUGCCGGUGCAAUGUUACCAUAAAUUAGAUAUCGAUAGAUCAAUGCGUAAUAUAGGUCACUGCAGGUGAUGUAUGAUCGACCANGACUUUAUUUUUAACAUAAUAAAAUGUACAUAGCUGUGUUACGAGGAUUAUAGUAAUUGGAGAACUGACUAAAACUAAUAGUUCAUGUAAAUAAUUUUCUUAUUCGAGGAGAAAAUGAGUUUUCAUUUUUUUCCUGAAUAAAUUGAUUGUCUUGAUUUCUUUGAUAGGAUUUCUUUGAUUUAUAUUACUGACUGUCUUUGGUAGCUGGUUCGUGCUUGGAAGUUGUGAACAUUGGAGUUUGAUCUUGUGUUGUAUUGAUAAAUGCAUUUGUUCAGACAAAGAAAUCAUUGAAAGGUGAUGAUUGGUUCUUAUUGAAGUAUGGAAACUUGAACAAAGCAAUGAUUUCAUUGUUUAUAUCAUCUAGAGGUAAAAUCCAUAGUUCUUUGAAGUAUGUUCUUGACAUUUUGAAAAAGUGAUUAAUAUACUUAUAAUUUUUUUUGUAGCCUUUUUAUUGGUUCCAUUCUUGUUGUGUACGUAUUUGCCGGUGCAAUGUUACCAUAAAUUAGAUAUCGAUAGAUCAAUGCGUAAUAUAGGUCACUGCAGGUGAUGUAUGAUCGACCAUUUGAUAGGUCAAUGGGUUAUAAAUUAUUAAUGAGUUUUUGAAUGAAUGACCAACAAACAUCCGAAAAGAUAAUAUAACAUGAAUACUCUAUCUCAUCACGAUGGAACCGUUCCGUCAACGUAUAGCUACGUAAUAUAUAGAUUUAUCCAGGGCUAAAAGCGAAGCUCUGGUUAAUAAUACGUGUAAAAAAAAUAUUAAAUCGUGUAAUGCUAAACGGGGAAAAUAGGGCCAUUUAUACGAGGAAUUAUAAGACGCGUCUUACAUAAGACGCGAACUGUACCAUUUAUACGAGCAUGUCUUAUCUAAUAAGACGCGUCUUAGCUAAGGCGCGUCUUAUCUUAGACGAAAUGUGCCGUUUAUACGGAAAGUUCGCGCCUUAUUUAAGACGAGUCUUAUGUAAGACGCGUCUUAUUUUUCCUCGUAUAAAUGGCCCUAAUGAAAAUGGUUACAAGACUAAUAUAUCUAAUUAGCAAAAAACAAAUUGCAAGUGCAGCACCCUUUCCCUCUAAUUAGCAAAAAACAAAUUUGCACGUGCAGCACGCUUUUUUGUCUUUCCCUUGGCGUUGUUUUGCACGACUACAACGCUGUUUUGUACGACUAAAACGUCAAACUUCCUAGUUACACAUUAUUUUUAUGGAGAAAUUGUCUUAUGUGCUUACCCAGUAUUUUGUUUCCUGUGUUCAUGUUCGCUUUUAUUUUUCACUGCCGCUCAUUUUCACCUUGCUGGCCGCUAGCCUUUUUCAUUUUCUCACCGCGGCUUUGAAUUUCUAUGUUUUUCUUCCCACGAAAUUCGUCUCUUUGUUUUUAAUAACUCGCUCUAGCUCUUUCUCUGUUAUCCACGUUACUUAGUGUAGACAUAAAAAAUAACGCCGAAAAAGACACGACUUUGUUGUUGUCCGGGCGGCCAUGUGAUUUCCUUCCAAAUAAAACCUUGAGUUGCAUUUGGGUUACCAUACCUGUUGAUUGAGUUAUUUUACUUUGGUAUGCCUGUGGCGCGGACGGACGGUCGCUCGCUCGCUCGCUCGCUCGGUGUACGGUCACGUGAUUACCAAAUUUUCUGGGAUGGGUAGAUUACCACAUUUCCUUAGCGGUAAGUAUUGGCCUACCGCGUGGAGCGCCGCUAUUAAUCGUCGCAUCGAUCACACAAAACACGAAGUUUAUAUUAGCUUUUAGUUUACUAGUUAACGCACAGGUUACGCAUCUUUACUUAGCCACUUGUUAAAUUAAAUACGUCUUAAUUUUACACUUUAAUGACAGCAAAUAUGUAUCAGAUAUGGUUGCAUUUAAGUUGCCGGAACGUGAAUUUAAAGGUCUGUUGAACAUUGCACGAGAGAGAACAAAGUAUGUUUUUACUUUACGGAAUUAAUAUACCACAGUUUUAAAAAAAAUCAGCUCUUGUUUAAACUUCUUAAAACACAAUUACGCCGCGUACUUCCAAAUGAAAGUCAAUGUCUAAAUACCAAUUAUUAACGUUUCAUUUGUACACCUCUGAAAAAUAUGUUUUUCUAUACUUCACUUUGAAGAAGGUCAAACAUAAUUCUACUGACCUUUAGGGAGGGAAGAAGUCACGGGUGCCCUCGCACCCCCUCCCCCCCAACAGGUUCCAGAGGUCCACUUUUUUAAAUAUAUAAAAUUGUUCUAGAGAGGCCUUAAACUGCUGUUUCAAAAGUAAAAUCUAAAAUCCAAGCUUUCGCCGAUCAACGGCAUUGAUCAGAAAUGAGAAAAUAUUCCGCGCGCGCUAUAUAUAUGCAAAGAAAGUGUGGGGUGAAAUGUGUAAAGGAUAUGACGUAUGUAUGAAAGCUAUAGAGUGUUUUCACUCACGUGGCCAGCAUCUAUGCAAAUUUAUUGGAACAAAAGAAAGCGUUUGCAUGAGAAAAGAAUUCAACUCCUAGAGGAUUGGUUUGGGACACCAACAUGGCGGCCGUUUCAUUGUUUUGGGACACCAAUAUGGCCGCCGUGACGUCAUGUGAAAACACUGUAUAGAAAUAAACUGUGGCAUGGAAUACAAAGCCGUCUAAUGAUGGAGUGUCUCUAAACAAAGGACCUCUAAAAGCAGUUUAAGGCCUCACUAGAACAAUUUUAUAUUUUUAAUUAUGCUGCUGAAGGACAACAUGAACAGAUUAUGUCCACUUUUUUGUUGAUCAAAAAUUAAAGCAACGUGAAUUUAGAGUAUUGUUCUAUCCCAAUUCACUGAUCCAGCUGCUGUUUGUGUAGUAAAAUUGAAAAUACUGUGAAAGAGCUCNUGUCUCUAAACAAAGGACCUCUAAAAGCAGUUUAAGGCCUCACUAGAACAAUUUUAUAUUUUUAAUUAUGCUGCUGAAGGACAACAUGAACAGAUUAUGUCCACUUUUUUGUUGAUCAAAAAUUAAAGCAACGUGAAUUUAGAGUAUUGUUCUAUCCCAAUUCACUGAUCCAGCUGCUGUUUGUGUAGUAAAAUUGAAAAUACUGUGAAAGAGCUCAUAAACCUGACUCACCCGUUCCACAAAACGUGUUUUAGCCUUUGUUUGGGGACUUGGUAUACCGACAAGGUGUUUACCCCUUGCUAAUAUGUCACUUGCUCCUUCAUUCUGUCCUAAACUGGUAAAGUCUGUUUUGGAGGAUUCGUAGUGUGGAUUUAGUAAAUGUUUCUUUCACUGAGACGCGCGUCAUGUGGUCUUGUGCUGUACAGUAAUUUCAUGUAGUUUCUUAGUUAUCUUUCCGCUAUCAGAAAUUGACCUCUGAUCGCUAGCUGUAAGUGUUAGUAUUUUCCUUUCUCACUUUUAAAAGCGGCCCAACAACCUUUAGGAUUUGGUUCCAUAGGUUUCUGCAAAGUGUUGGUUCUGAAUUGUCAUUUUAACAGUAUGACAGGGUAUGAGAUUCCCUGCUAUAGUUUUGACAUAUUGGACCCAGCAUUUUUGGGUUGUUUGCAAGAUAUUAGAGACCUUAAGAUUUGAGGACGGCGUCUUCUUCUAGAACGUCACGGCAUAUAAAGGCCUGGGGUGAGAACGCCGUUCUUUGCGCGGGAAAUUAGACUUAAGAAAAGAUAAACAAGACGCGAACUUUCUCCAGCGCGUUGGUCGAGAAUGGCGUCCUUCAGGAAAGCGCGGGACGAGCUUCUUGUAAGUUUUUGCGAGGAAAUCAUCAAUGAGGAUGAGUUUCUCUUGUUGUAUGAUGUCAACAAGUCGAAAAAUCCAGAGUAUCCUUAUUGGAAUUAUGAAAGAUUUACGUUGCAAGAUAAAAGUGAGGCUGAUUGUAAGACAUUAUUCCUCUCUUUGUUGAUGUUCUUGGCUUACCUGACGAAAUAAAGUGUAAACAAGGA